GUGGAUUUCCAGGCUGGCAUCUUGCAGAUGAUCUCUCGCCGGUGCGCCAAGCAGAUGGACGAACGAUGAAAUUUGGAUGCCUCUGAUUUUCUCGACAGCGUUGAGUGGCGCCAAAGGGCAGGUUCCAUUCUCAACUGCUGCCCGGAAUCUGCUGCAUGUGCCACAGGUAUGUAACCGCACACUGAUCGAUGGAUGGAUGGAUGGAUGGAUGGAUGGCGUGGAUGGUGCAGGUGGCUGGUAGCUUGCGAGAUGUUUCAGACGACUUAGCCGAUCAUCGCAUAGAAAUCAUGACUGAGAGGGCACACAGGUGAGGCAGCAGGCAGCUCAAAGGGGUGAUUGUGCCAUCGCCUGUUGCUGCCGGUUUCUCAGGGGCAGAGCCGUGGUUUGGCGGCCUCAGCUGGUGCUGGUGGUGCUGGUGGUGCUGGUGGGGAGGAGGAGGACAGUGUAGCUGCGGCCGAUGGAGAAACGGUGAGACCGGCCAGAGGCGAUGAGUGACAGACAGACAGACAGACAGACACACUCACCGCUCUGCCGCUCCCUGUGUGUUGUGCAGGUGCUCAUGUUGGUGAUGCCCUUCCUGCCGCUCCACAUCCUCGUCCCUCUCCCCCUGCGGCGGCCCAAGAGCUCCAAGCUGCUGUGGGAAGAGGCGGCAAUCAGCCACACACGGCUCUUCAUCGACUGCGCAGCCAAAGCUGACCACCAGUACUGGCAUUCGCAGACCGAGGGCCGCGUGUUUUGGCAGCGCAUCCCUCCCCUCUCCGUCGAGCGCGUAGCGGCACGGCUCACCGGCCUCACCGAGAUCACCCUCUGCCACCCUGAGAACCACCCCGUGUGGUGCAGUGACGUGUUGGUCUCCGUCAUUGAGACCACAGCCGCCCCGCCCGCCCGGCCCGAUGGACAGGCAGACGCCAGCCGGUUGGAGACCAUCGCAUUCGAGAAGGUGCAGCUGAGUGAAGCGGAGCUGGGCGACCAGCAGCGGCAGCGUCCCCUUCUCCCUGAUCCCCUCGCCAAGCCCCCCACCCUCCCUCCCCUCGCCGAGCCCCCCACCCUCUCUCUCCCGUCGCUCAAGGCCGUGAUAGGAGCCGCCGGAGGGCACGGUGUCCUGGCCGACAGAGGGUGGAGGGUGCCGUCACUAAAGCGCCUGGAGCAGCAGGGCUGGGGUGCGGACAAGGUGUGCCGCUUCGUCAGCUCGUCACUGUCGCUGCAGCACGUCGGCGGGAGGCUGUCGGAUGAUGGCUGGGCCGGUGUGUUUGAGCGCAUGCCUGAGGCCGCUGCUGGGCAGAGGGGGCCACUUGCACGUCUGCAGAGUAUCGGCACCAUCGAGCUGCACGACAGUCCUGAGGCGGCCCGUGGAGCGAUCGCCAGACUGCAGGUACGUAACCAGCAAUGGAUGCCGGUGCAAUAUAGGUCAUUUUGGAUGUGUGUGAUCUUCCUGUGUGCAGGUGGCACUCGAGUCGCGUGGCUGCCGCCGGUCGCUCACUCAGCUGAGCGCGGCGAUGAGCUUUUUCAGGUUCGACAGCAGUGUCCUUCCCGUCGUGCAGUCCCUCGAGUCGCUGCACAAGACGUGCUGCCGAGCCGACGCCCGAGUCGUCCUCGAGGCCCAACGUGUCACCAGUUUCGACCUGUCGCUCUUCUACAGCGACGACUUUCCCCCCAACCCCUCGCCCCUCUUCAAGACGAUGAUGCAACAACUCGCACGGCAGACGACAACCGUGGCCUACGUCAUCAGCGAGCAUGACCUCACCCACCCCGUCGACAGCCCCAGUAAGGCCGCCAUCGACAUCGCCGAGAGCCUCACAUUUGAUGGUGCGCGCUCCGUGUCGGUCUGCAAUGCCAUUGGCUUCGUCCCCCCUCCCGACACCCCAUUGCCCCAUCCCACCAUCAUCAACCACCUGCAGCACUUCCCAGAUUCCCCAGAGCUCCCAGAUUCCCCAGAGCUGUGCAUUGACAGCCGGCUGGGCGGUGAAGCGGGUCGGCUGUUGGCACAGAAGAUGCCCACUGAGUUGAGGAAGGUGGAGUUCGGGAGCGCUGUGAGCGCACAGGACCGACGGGUCAUGUUGGAGGGGCUGGGUAAGGGGAGGCAGGUGGGCACCGUCAGCGUCGAUGCAGGGGAGGGGGUCAAGCUCGGUGAGGGCCCCUUCGUCGACUGGACGUCGGACAGCUUCCCCUCGAUUCGCACCAUGAAGAUACGCUUGAGGAGUACGCACCCACAUGGAGGUUGGUUCAGCUUGCGUGUGCAUCAUCGCCGUGUGUAUGUGGUGUUCCUCAGAGCUCAUGCUCGAUGAGCUGGAUCCCUCUGCUGCAGCUGAGACCAUCCGCGAGGGCAUCUCAUCGGUUGUCGGUGCCGUGCGAGGCUUGGAGUGUUUGUCGGUGCAUGUGGAAGGCAUCGGGGCCAUUCGCGACGCCGUUCAGCAGCUGCUCCCCCCGCGCACGAUGAUCGGCUCCAGCUUCAUCAUCAGGACACAGGCGUCCUGUGUCCUGUGGGUUGACGUGAUUGCAAGGCGUAUCUUUUAGAGGGUGAGGCGGAGCAGUGCAUCCAUCGCCCUUAUAAUACGAGUGUGUGUGUGUGUUCAGGCUGUGUGUCGAGUUGAGCCAGUCGUGACACAACAGCACCGUUCCGUAGCGCUCCCAUCCCAUCCGUCUGUGUGUGCGUCUGUAUAGCUUUGUGUGUGUGUGUGUGCAUAGAGAGAGGGUGCAUUGGUGUGAAUGCCGCGUGGCUGCCUCGUCGAUGGAUGGGUGGAUGCAUAGGCGGCGUGCCUGCGUCUGUUCGUCUGUAUGUUUGUCUGUUUGCCGGCCAAUUUGCCCGUCUUUGGGCGGGCUGGUGUGCCAUUAGACCUGCGCUCCCUGCUGCUGUCCCCUGCUUAUCGCCUCCUCUCUGUCUCUCUCUCUCUCUCUCUCUCUGGACAGACAGCAAAGCUCAGAGAGCACACCUUUGGUGACAGUCAGACAGACGGACGGACGGACGGGCCAGCCAAGGUGAUGCAUGCUGCAUGUUGGUGUGACCGCACCUUGAAUGGACUGUGUGAGG